AUGCCAGGUAGUACCAUCUCUAGUCUUUCAUCGUCUUCUCCAUCCUCAUUUUCGCGAGAUAAGAGGAGUAGAACUGCGAGUUCGGUGGGGUCGGUGACUUCGGGUGGAAGACCGAGAGGGUAUAGAGGGGGUGGUCAUCCUCAUCAUCGAAGCGCGAUACCGGCAGUUGUGAAAGAAGUUGGGAAGGAUGUACGUGAGGAGGAUAGUGAAGAUGAAGAUGUAAAUGAAAGGGGAGAGAAUGAGGAAGAUGAGGAUGGAGAAGAGAGCGAGGAUGAUGAGGAUGAGGACGAGGAUGAUGAGGGUAAAGGACAAAGGAAGCCUUCCCCGAGAAGAGAUCGUUCCAACAAGAAGAAGAAGAAGAAGAAGGAGAAGAGGAAGAAGAGGGACACCGAGUCGCUCAUCUAG